GUAUGAUUUAAUUGGGUACGUACCUCGUCCAAGGAGAAGCGGCGGGGAGAGGAGCGGCGCCGAAGCAGCUUCUCGCCGAUGGAUCGUACCAGGCCUGCCAUGGCAAUUCUCCUCUCCUCUGAGAAGUUAGGGCUAGGGAUCGAUGAUCUGCCUCUCUCUCGGCUCGGCUUCACAUUUACUAGUAGUUCUUUUUUUGCUGUCAAAAAGAAAAGAAAAGAAAGGAAAAAAAAUACUAGUUGAACCCAGGGAGGAGCGGAGCCCAGCCCAGCCCGGUACUAGGAGAGAAGAAGAGAAGGAAAUUAAGGAAAAGCUUCGAUCCGAUCUGAAACCCUAACCAAACCUAAAACCAAUCCCCUUUCCUCUGCAGUCUGCAUAGAAAGAGAGAGACAUCCAUAUGGCGGCUGCACUUGGAUCCCUCCUGGGUCGCCCGCCGCUGACCACCCACUUCCGCCGCCUCCUCCACGGCGCGCCGGCGCCAGAUCAGAAGCUCGCCAACAAGAUGAUGAAGAAGAAGCUGCAGGAUGAGCAGCAGCAAGACUGGGAUGCCAUCGUCAGAAUGAUAGUGCAAUCAAAGAUGCAAACCUACAACGUUGUGCCGGAUGGGGAAGAUCCUCCAUGGGCUCGUCGAGUAUUCCAUGUGCUCGUCAUGAUCCCUGCUUCAUUCAUCUGUGGUUGUAACCUUGGCGAACGGAUAUACCACGAGCUCGGCCUCCGGACUAACCGCCGUCCAUAGUUACAACCAACUGCUUGCUCAUAUAUAUAUCUCCUAUAUAUGAACUAUAUGAAUGCUGUCAAAUUCUAUAACCAUCCUCCCCAGUGGCUUCAAUUUUCUCAACUUGCAUGUUCAUCCCUAUUUGCAGGAGAUAUUUGGGGACUUCUUAACCUUAAUUCCCGUAAUCGAAUAAAAAAUGCACAAAGUUGGCAUGUGCACCUUUAGU